AUGUUCCCAGAUGAUUUGGUCCAUAGGAUGGCCCCGUAUUCGCCUAUGUAUCAUCGUUUCAUUGAACAACUGAAAGCAGAUGGAUACGAAGUUAUUGGUUAUGCCAGGAAGUCCACUGGUCACGAAGAACUAAAUGCUCGGGUUAGACUCCUCUAA